GGGGGUGGCGAGGGUGACGGUCGUGGCGGUCGUGGCGGUCGUGGCGGGCGUGGGCAGGAGGGCAGGCUCGGCGGGAAGAGAUUGGGCGGGCAGACAGAGACGAGCUCGUUGCUGGAGAUGGGCGAUGGCGUCGAGGUUGUGGACGGGCAAGUAGGGAGUGCAGGGAUCUUGGGCUCGUGGUUCAAUCUCGGCAACGUGACGCUCGGAGCAGGGACGUUGUCGAUCCCGUUUGCGCUCUCGUUGACCGGGCUCAUCCUCGGCCCGAUGCUGAUGAUGCUGAACUUGGCACUGGCAGCGUUGGGCAUCCAGUUUAUUGUCUGGGCGACCGACUUGCUCGGCAAGCGCCCGUUCUCGUAUCAGGCCCUGGCCAAUGCGGUGUUUGGCCCGCGGCUGUGCGCAGCAGUGGACGUCUUUAUUGUCCUGCACUGCUUCUCGGCACUCCUCGCCUACCAGAUCAUCAUCGGCGACUUGGUGCCUGCCGUGUUGGAGGAGUGGUUCAACACGAGCAACUGGGCGUUUACCCGGGUCGGCGUGGCGGUCAUUCUCAACGGGCGGUCAUGAUCCCGCUCUCGCUGCUGCGGCGGAUCUCGUUCCUCGCGCACACCUCGCUGGUGGCAGUGGCGUGCAUGCUGUAUCUCACAGGCAUGGUGGUGGCGCAUGCCAUCACGCACGGAUGGGACGACUCGGAGCGCGGGAACAUCAACGCAGUCGACUUGUCUCACGGGCGGCGGCUGGCGUACUUUAACAUCUCGCCACAGAUCUUUGUGGCGCUGCCCAUCAUCGGCUUUGCCUUUGCCUCGCACGUCCAGGUCCCGACAGUGUACGAGGAGAUGCGCAAGCCGACCGGGCGGCGGAUGAUGUUUGUAGCCUGGCUCGCGCUCAUCACCUGUGCUGUCGUCUACCUCACCGUCGGCAUCUUUGGCUACAUCACCUUUGGCCUCUCGGUCGAUGGCAACGUGUUCAACAACUUUGUCGACGAGGACAACCCAUACGUCGGCGUGGCCAAGCUCGGCCUCGCCAUCACGCUCAUGUUCUCCUCGCCGCUCUUUGUCCAUCCGAUGCGCGAAAACAUUGUCCACCUGCACUACCUCGUCACCACUCCGCGCGAAGCGCUCGCCGUCACCAAGCCGCCGCUUGUCGAGGCCAUGGCCUGGCCCAUCCACGCCUCCAUCACCAUCGGCUUGCUGGGCACGACCGCCUUUCUCGGCGUCCUCAUCCCCAACGUCGAGGUUGUUCUCUCGUUUGCCGGCGCCGUCAUUGUCUCCAUCCUCGUCUACAUCUUGCCGGCCGCCUUCUACCUCGGCCUCCGGCCAGCCACCGAUCCGGUGUGGCGGAAGCACGCCGCAACUGCCCUCGGCCUUUGGGGUUGCGUCAUGUUGGUUGUCGGCACGGCCGUUGUCAUCACCGAAAACGUGUAGCGUUCCGGAGCGUGCGGGUGGCGGGUUGGUCGGCGGGCGGCGGCCGACACGCGCCUCGCCACGCGCCUGUCGGCGGCCUGGUCUGCGGCGGGUGUAAAGGUACACAGGCGUUG